AUGGCUAUUGAUCCGUUGAAGCCGAUCCUUCUCGCCGCCGAAGGAGCCGACCUCAAAUUUUCGGUGCUUCCAUAUGGUCUCACGUUCCAUAGCAUCUCGACCGAAGACGGUGAAGACUUUAUUGGUGGACCCGAAGAUCCAAAAGAUCACCAAGCACGCGGACGAAAGUUCCUCAACCCGAUCAUUGGACGCUACGCCAACCGUCUGCCCGCGGGAAAGAAACUCAAAUACAAGUAUGCCAACGGAAAGAGCACUCAGAUUGAAUUGCCAGAGUUCAGUGCACCCGGUGUAGUACUUCACGGCGGUCCUGAAAGCGACAAGGAGAACAAGGUGGACAGCAUCGUCCAACAUGGUCCCUUUGACAAAUGCUACUGGCAACCGUUGGAUACCCAGGACAGCAAGUUUUUUGCCGACUCUGGCUUCACCUCGACCAACAGGCCAAGUGGUAAGGAGAGCAGCUUGAUCUUCGCGAUCGAAUCGCCGGAUGGUGAUUCUGGCUUUCCUGGACAAGUUCGUGUCGAGACACUGUUGGCCGUGAUCCCAAGCUCGGCGACAGAUUCGGAACUUGGCAAGUCGGCGGGCAAGCUGCUCGUCCGAUACAGAGCAGCUCUUGCAUCAGAUGGAGCGGUGGAAGCUACGCCAUUCAACAUGACGCACCACUGGGGUUUCAAUCUGUCUGCUUCUAACCAGAAAUCGAACGAAGCCGAGAAGGGCACUGUCUUCGAACACGUCUUCCAGCUCUACCCACCUGCUGGUAAGUCGAUCUCACAUCUCGAACUCGAUGCUUCACAGAUCGCUACGGGAGAGCUCAAGCCCACCUGUGGACCCUCCGAGUCUUUCUCCACUGUCGGCCAACACCACUGGGACCAGCAAGGUGGCAAGCGUAUCGGCCAAGGCAUGCCUUCCACCGGCUACGACGACUUCUAUGUCUGGGGUCCUUCUGCCAUUCCUCAGUCGGACGAUAUAGACAAGAUCGCUACAUCCGAGACGAAGCGUGUUCGUCUCACUUCCGAGUCGGCUGGUCGCUCGAUCACAUUUCACUCGAAUCAAGCUGGUGUCCAACUCUGGUCGGCCGGUGCCAUGCCUGAACAUCCUGCUGACCCAGCGCAGUCGGGCGGAUUGAUGAAAGAGGCACACCGCAAGGGCUGUCAACCGGCGAGCGGCAACUUCACGGGUGCUUUUGCCGCCAUCGAAUUCGGCGGUCCUCACUGUGGCUUUCUCGAGCCCAACUUACUCGAGCUCGGUGGACGGGAGGAGAUUCUGGAGAAAGGUCGGAUAUACGACCACUGGGUUGUUGCCGAAGCUUGGCGCAGGUAG